UGCAAGUGCACCUGAGAUUAGAAAUCUUUGGAACGAUCGAUCAAAUAUGCCCGCCCCUUUGUUCUUCGAACUGCAGGGUGAAAAAAAGGUUGACUGUACAUACAUCCUGAAAUCUAUGAUUGAGGGAGCAGGCGAUCUUGCUGAAGCAUAUUUCGAUUCUGUGCGGACAAAUGCAGGAAGAAAAUAG